UUUGAUUCAUAUUCCGAAUAAAGUUCGCCGCAUUGAGGCUUUCACUGCAAAGAAAAUUUGGUUUUUACCGGAAAAAACAGACAUUCUAGAAAUUUAGCUUAGUUUUCCGACAAACUGUGCAUUACCGUAAGCAUUCUAACCUGUUUGCAGGAUUAAUUGUGAAGUAAUAUACAUUUUUCCUACAUAUUACUGAAUCCUAUAAUCUGCUAGUGCAAUUAAAUACGAAGAAAAGAAAUCGCAUUCAAAUCAUCUAAAAUCUUCAGCAGCCCAACCCGUUAAAGCUCCUUUAAGGGACCAGCGCUUCAGAUUUCCUUCUCAAGUGGUCAUUAAAAAGAAUCACAAUUUCGUCCUCAAGUAGAAAACUGUCGGAUCCGGUGAUGGCAAAGCGGGCUGCUGGAUUUUUAAUAUUUCGCCGACUCCGGGAACGGAUAGAGUAUCUGAUGCUACAGGCUUCCUACGGGCAACACCACUGGUCACCACCUAAGGGCCAUGUGGAUCCCGGUGAAGACGAUUUCAAGACGGCACUACGUGAAACGGAAGAGGAAUCUGGAUAUCUGGAAAAAGAUCUCCGCAUAUUCAAGAAUCAAACGUCCACGCUCGAAUACAAGGUUAAAGGUCACGACAAAAUAUCCAUCUAUUGGCUGGCAGAACUGAUCGAUCCUUCCAAGGAGGUAAAACUAUCGGACGAGCAUCAGGAUUUGAAGUGGCUCGAAAGGGACGGAGCGAUAGAGAUUGCCGGAUAUGAAGAUUUUGCCGCCAUGGUUCGACAUUUUGACGACAAAAUCAAACAAGGAUACGAUCAACUUUGAACUGGACAAGCUCGUGGCGUACCUCGAUCCCAAUGCCAGUAUCGGACGCGGGUAAAAUUUGCCGAAUUACCUAUAACUAUAUUUAACGAGACAAGAGAAAAAACCGAGUUUUCCUUAUUCCUUAUUACUCGCAUAUAUAAAUAUAUAUAUUUAAAUGGAAAAUACUUAAAGUAUCUAUCCCGUUCCUUACCUCGACUGGGACUGAUGUAAGAAGAAGAAGAAGAUGGGAAAGUAUCAAAUCGAAUCUACAAAUUAAUGCGAUUAAAAUUGAAACUACCGCUUUUGGAAUUGUACGUGCUCUGCUCAACCUUAGACACGGAAAAAACCCUUCAACAGUGUUUAAGAAACCCUUUUGCACAUCACCGUAGCUAUGUUAUAUGUAAAAAAAAACAAGACAUACAAAAUUAUACUCCUCAGAAAUAGAGCCAGAAACUAAAUCAGAACAAAAGGUAGAAUUAAAGUGUGCGGAUAUUGCUGUGGUUUCAAAAACCGGUAAACGAAUUAGACGAAGAGAUAGUUAAAGGAGCUUUCUUAGAACCCACUUAUAAUCAAUGCCUCUGACAAAAAAAAAAACACUCCUUUUUAUUGUACCACAUUUUAAGAUAUUCAAAAAUUUGGAAAAAAAAAGUCAUUAAAAUUUAGAAAGAAUGAAAAACCAAACCAAAAUGAAUCUACUUUUGCUUGAAAAAUAUAAAAAGCUAAAAAUGACAAAAUUUAAGGCUCAGUGAAAUAAAAAUAAA